AUGCCGCUACUGCUCAGCCAAAACCUGAACGACAUCAUGACCAAACUGGAAGAGCAGCGAGAGCUCAAAAAAGGCGGCACUGCAGCAGCAAAGACAGGAGACGGUGCCAAGAGUGAGGAAGCCAACCACAGCGAAUCAGCCAGCUCACCACCAAAGAGGCCCGGUCCUCCUCCCAGCCGGCCUCCGCCCCGCCUCACGCCGUCUCCGGACCAGAGACAGCAGCAGGUCAGCCCCGUGGAGGACGAGACCCCGGUGCCUGACGCUAACACAGACUCCACAACCACACAGCAGAGUGCGGUGACCAAUGGCUCGGACGGCGAACUGCCUCCAGGAUUCCUCUACAAGGUAAAAGCGAUACAUGAUUACGCUGCCACCGACGGCGAUGAGCUGGAACUGAAGACCGGAGACUCUGUGCUGGUUUUGGCCUUCGACAACCCCGAUGAACAGGAUGACGGCUGGCUCGUGGGUGUGCUGGAGUCUCACUGGGUGCAGAACAAAAAUGUUUCGGCCAAAGGCGUUUUCCCUGAGAACUUUACCCAGAAGGUUUGAGCUUCAUGCCACAGAAAGAUUGUGCUCCCUUUUGUGCCCCAAACUCCUCAAUAUCGAUAUAACAGUUAAAGACAUGUCACAACAUGUCUUUUUACACACCAACGUGUAUCGGUACGUGAUUAAAAAUGUACACUGAAAUACAUCUCAGUGGCUUUGACACCAAAUGAUUUGCUUAUGCCGGUUAUUAAAACUCUUCAGUGAUCUCAUGAACACAUCUGCAAGAAUCAAAUUCAACUUUACAGUUAAAAUAUUUAAAAAAGUACCCGGACAGAUUAAUUGUGAUAAAUGAUGCACAGUUGUCUAAACAUGUUUUAGUCAAACUGUACAUUUAAAAAUGACUCAUUUUUAUUCAGACUGUUCUCAUGCACUGUUCGUAUGUAUACCGACGAAAAGUAAUGCACCAGAUAUUAUUUAUAAUCCACAUAAACGGGAAAGCUGCGAUCACGUGAUCAAUGCAGUAAAUGGACUACAGAAGGAUCAAAUGUACUUGUACCUUACCUAAGUAACUUUAUAUUAAAUACAUAGUGUGACCACCAACCAUGACCGUUUUCCUAAACCUAACAUACAUAACUUUACUUUCCUAAACCUAAACUACAGAACUUUAACGAUGUAACACGAUAACUCCCAACCAUGAUUAUUUUCCUAACCCUAACCUACGUAUGUAACCUUACAUCAUCAUCAUUCGGUAUAUUACGUGAUGAGGAUGUUUCUUUUUCAAAACUUAACACCCACUUUCCUAAAAUUAAAGUACGUUACUUUAUUUUCCUAAACCUAAGCGAUGUUACUUUACUCUCUUAAACUUCAACUACUCAAUUUUAUGUCCAAUACUCAACAUGAAGACUCCUAACGUUGAUUCUUUUUCCAAAAUGUAAUCUAAUUACCUUUACUUUCCCAAAUCUAAGCUACAUAACUUUACGUCAAGUCCGUAAUUUUACGUUAAGUAUGAAACUUGACGAUGCCUAGCCAUGUUUCUUUUCCAAAACCUAACCUAUGUAGCUUUACUUUUACUACACCGAAACUAUGAAACUUCACUUAAAGUACACAGCCUGACAGCACCAUCAACCACCAACAGCAGACACCGAAGAGGCCGAAUGUAGAUGUGGAAGUCCACUGCAGAGCGGCAACAUGUGGCGAUUUUACCUCCCUAAACCUGACCUAUGUAACUUUACAUCAAGUACGCAACAUGAUGACACUUAACCACAAAUCUUUUAUUUUACCUAACUGGUAGCGGUGCAAAUUUGUAGGGCACUUAUUUAUAAGGUACCGUUCGAACUGUAGUAUGUGCAUUUUCAUAAGAUAUCAUACGAAACCGUUGUAUGAGGACACUUUGAUGAAUUUUGUUUUGAUUUUCUAUUUCUGAAUCAUUGAUUUGCUAAACUCAAUCACAAAACAAUGUGUUGGUGAGAUUCAAAAAGAAGAAAUAAACCAUGGGCGCAUUGUUCGAAUGUCAGACUGUUUUAUGUUGUGUAUUGUCAACAGUUUUUAAGAACUUUUCACAGUUCCUUGCAUGAAGAUUGUACUUUGUAACACAACAAAUACUGUUACACGAGGUGGUAUCGCUCCAUGAAAUGUGGCUGUGAUUGAAAAGUGCAGUUGUCCUAGAAUAGAGCCCUGGAGAACACCACCCAUACAAACAGGCUUUGCCUCGAUUUAUCGAAAUCUGUUACAGUUUCUUGGACUUGUAGGAUUAUCAAAGGGAACAGUAGUUUUUCAUUUACUUUACUGGACAUUUUGAGGACAUGACUUGAUGUGUGGCUUACGUUUUCUAAUGAACAUACUCUUUUAUUUUGACUUUUGAUUCAUCUUUUCGUUGAUGGAUGAAAUGCAAAACCUUAUCAAACUCGCUGCUGAUUUUUUUUCUCUCGUCGUCCAUAGUUACCACUAUUUAUGACUAUUUAUCACUAGUUUAGAUGUUGUUCUUUAACCCUUUGAAACGCGGAGCGACAUCACUUUGCUUCUUUCAAAUGCCUUUCACAAGUAUUUAAGCCUUUGAAGUCUGAGCAAAAUUGUGCGAUUGCUUAAAAAACGUGGAGAAAAAAAGGCAACAAGCAACUUGGUAAGAAAUGUUCCACAAAUUGCAAGACAUUAGUAGAUUA